AUGCCGCAGGGCCCUGAAGUCCCUGUUCAGGUCUGGGUGGGCGGCCAGCUCUUCCAGGCUGACCAGGCACUGCUGGUGGAGCACUGUGGCUUCUUCCGCGGCCUCUUCCGCUCCGGCAUGCGGGAGGCUCGCGCGGCAGAGGUGCGCCUGGGCGCGCUGAGCGCGGGUGGCUUCCGUACCACGCUGCAGGUGCUGCGAGGCCAGCGGCCGGCACUGGCGGCCGAUGAUGAACUGCUGCAGGCGGUGGAGUGCGCCGCCUUCCUGCAGGCGCCGGAGCUGUCGCGCUUUCUGGAGCAUAGUCUCACGUCGGACAACUGCACGUUGCUGUGCGACGCAGCCGCCGCCUUUGGCCUGAGAGACGUGUUCCACAGCGCCGCGCUCUUCAUCCGCGACGGCGAGCGCGAGCUGGCGGCCGAUUUGGUGCUGCCAGAGGCCCGCGCCUAUGUGGCUACCCUGCGGCCCAGCAGCUAUGUGGCCUUGAGCACUCACACGCCUGCGCCUGGCUUCCUGGAGGAUGCAUCACGCACAAUGUGCUACCUGGACGAGGAGGAGGACGUGUGGCGCACGCUGACCGCGCUGCCCCUGGAGGCCAGCACAAUGCUGGCAGGAGUGGCCACGCUGGGCAACAAACUCUACAUUGUGGGCGGUGUGCGUGGCGCCAGCAAGGAAGUGGUGGAGCUGGGCUUCUGCUACGACCCCGAAGGAGGCACAUGGCGCGAGUUCCCCAGCCCGCACCAGCCACGCUACGACACGGCACUGGUGGGCUUCGACGGCCGCCUCUAUGCCAUCGGAGGGGAGUUCCAGAGGACAACCGUAAGCUCCGUGGAAUGCUAUGACCCAGCCACAGGCUGCUGGAGCUUCAUGGCUGACCUGCCACAGCCUGCAACAGGGGUGCCCUGCGCCCAGGCACGUGGCCGCCUCUUCGUGUGCCUGUGGCGGCCAGCAGACAUCACCGCAGUAGUGGAGUAUGCGGUGCGAACUGACGCGUGGCUACCGGUAGCCGAGCUACGACAUCCGCAGAGCUACGGUCACUGCAUGGUGGCCCAUCGUGACAGUCUCUACGUGGUGCGUAAUGGACCUUCCGAUGACUUCUUGCACUGCGCCAUCGACUGCCUCAACUUGACCACGGGCCAGUGGACGGCGCUACCCGGCCAGUUCGUCAACAGCAAGGGAGCACUCUUCACUGCCGUAGUGCGCGGCGACAUCGUCUAUACUGUCAAUCGCGUGGUCACGCUCCUCUACGCCAUCGAGGGUGGCACCUGGCGGUUGCUCAGUGAAAAGAUCGGCUUUCCCCGGCCCGGCUCCUUGCAGACCUUUCUCCUGAGGCUGCCCCCUGGCGCUCCUGGGCCUGUGGCCACACCGUUGCCAGAACUGUGAACCCUGAGCUGGCGGUAGGAGAGAACACCCUGAGUCUUCCCUGAGCCGAGACUGAGUUUGUGAGACUGGUUUUAGGAGCUCCUGGGAAUUUCUUGUUCCCUAUUGAGACACUCAGUUCUCGUGCCUUCUGAUGGUGUGAACAUACCCAAGAAGCUCAGGGAGCAACAGUGAUACCUGAUCGGAGCCCUCAAAUCACUUGGACUCUGCUGAGAGCUGGGACAGUGGACUGUUAACCCCAUGACUUCACUCAAGGUAUGAGCCCAUCCUGCCUUAUCUCCUCAGUUGUAUGUCUUCCACUCUAUUCUACAGGUUCCAUCUCUCUCCCCCUAGCUUCUGCUCCUGCCAUUUCCUCGGCCUAGAACACCUUUCUCCUCUUCUUCCCUUUUUUUUUUUUUUUCCUCUUCUUCCUUAUCUUCCCUUUUCUUCUCCUUCUCCGCCCCCCCCUUCCUCUUUCUCUGUCAGCUCUGUACCCACCUCCUCUCUGCAGGAUUGGCUGAUCCA